AUGCCCGUGACAAGCGGUGUGACGACUCGCAGGCGUUUCACAGCGAGUUUAACCCUAGUUGUGUAUCCCGAUGUGGAUCCCAGCCCAGCACUUGCGAGCCAUCAAGCAAUUCGUCACGCCGGUAUGAGCUUUACAUGUACCGACCGGGAGGUGGGAACAAAUAAGGAACGACUUCCCGAUGAAGUUUUCGAUGGACUUGGUUUGCCCAAAAAAACAGGUGUACAUCACACCGGCUCUCGUUGUAGCAAGGAACUACGUGAAGAAGGUAAGUCCGCCCAACAGUCCAAGGAAGCACCAUCAGGCUUAAACGCAGACGAUACAACCAGUAUACUGCCUGCUUUUGACGACCAAACACCAGUGACCGUUCUGCCAUGGCCGACGACGCUGGGUCGGACGGGCCGUCGCGGAUCCUGCGGUGGAUCUGCGACGCCUUCCUAUUCCCAAGAGAAUUCUUCUCUAAUUUCCACAAUCAAUUUUUAUGAGUGGUUGACUGGAGGUUUGGAUGGAUCGAUUUCGCCAGACCAAAAUGUCAUACUGUGGGACAAGGCGAUUGAGCCGCCGCAGUCUUUGACUUCAUUUGUGGCACUUACUGAAGUAAGUGAGGCUGUCUUAAUGGGGCCGUCUACCGAGGCAAUGUUGAUCAACUCUCCCUUAAGGAGCUCUGCAAAGUCAUUGACGAAUAUUGGAAACUUUAAUCCAAAUUGGUGA